AUGAAUCGUGAUGAUGAAGGUCGUGCGUAUGUGCCACGGCGAAAGCGACGGCGUGAACAGCCUCCACCUCCUUCUACAGAAUCGCAUGACACCAAGUCAUUAACAGACUCAUUGUACGAAGUUUCAGCAACGCAGGAGACAUCUUGGGCGCGUCAGGAGCGAGGAAUCGUGGUCGAUGGAGAGGGUUCAAUCCCACCUCCAAUCCUCAGUUUUUCAGAGUUUCCAUUGUCCUCAGAUGCCAUUUUAGUGUUACAGUCACGUGGAGUAACGAAUCCGUCAGCUGUACAGGCUCAGGCUCUUCCUUGUAUCUCCCAAGGUCGCGAUGUGGUCGUUUUGGCCCCUACUGGCAGCGGAAAAACAUUGUGCUACAUUCUCCCGAUGCUUGAAUUAUUGCAACGACUGUCUUACAGAUCUACUGAAUUGGAGCAGUACGCUGCAAUACCACAGAUACCAACAGCACCUUGUGCACUGGUAGUCGUGCCGACUAGAGAGCUUGCGGAUCAGGUGGUGCAGGACUUUUCCGAGUUCUUCCGUGACCGGACAAUUCCACCAGUCGUUGGAAUUUACGGAGGUAUUGCAGUUGCUGAGCAACUUUUGCGACUUGGCCAACAUGCUUAUGAUGCAAUGGUGGUGGUGGCAACACCUGGGAGACUUUUACAUCUUUUGUUGCAUCAUCGAGCAUCGCUGUCGCUUGAACAGAUUUCUCUACUAGUCGUCGACGAAGUGGACCGCGUGCUGGAAUCUCCAGAAAUGGAGACGCAAUUACGCGAGAUUCUGCAGCUUGCAAACCCUGCUGGACGGCAAACGUUGUUGCUUUCAGCAACUCUGCCUGUCUUCUUGCCACGAAUGGCACGGUCAGCGGUACUCCGACCUGUUACGAUACGUGUCGACGAAGCAAGUAUGCUGAGCCACAAUGCAUCAGUAUGGAGCUCUGGAACAAGGAAUACUUCAGCAGUAAAGCUAGCACUCUCCACAACGUCCAAUGUCGUUCAUGAUGUGCAGUUCAUGCGUCCUGCAGAGAAACCCUCUCGUCUAUUACGCGUAUUGCGUACCACUAAGCAACCGCCAGUAUUAGUGUUUUGCAAUUCCCGCUCAAGUGUCGAGCGUGUAGCUCGUCUACUACGCAAUGAGCAAUUUCACGCCGCACCACUACACGGUGGCCAAUCCCAAGGAUAUCGUACCCAAGCAUUGCGUGCUUUUCGAGCAGGCUACGUUGAUGUCCUCGUGGCAACAGAUUUGGCCUCUCGAGGACUUGAUUUUCCUGGCGUGAUGAACGUUGUGCUAUUCGACAUUCCAAGCACUAUUGAAGACUACAUACACCGCUGCGGCCGUACAGGAAGGCAUCCUGGGGGCGACACUGGAGGUUCCAAUGUCACGGGAAAAGCGACGUCUUUUCUGACACGCGAGUGCACCAUUGCUAUGGAGUUAAAGCAGGUGCUUCGAGCAGCUUUGCAGUCUGUACCACGUGAGCUGGACAUUCCAAGGAAUUUCGGUGCAAGUGACACUCAAGCUUCAUCCUCGAAUAAUCAUUAG